CCUGUGCCGCACAGGGGUGAGGGAGGCAGAAAUUAGCGGGCAACCACGUUCCUUGCGCCACGGCCAGGGCUAUCGGCCGCCGCAGCAGCGGGCGCCAUCGCCCCCGCCCCGCCCGCCGGGGGAGGGCGGCGCCGUGCGCGCCCCUACUGCGCAUGCUCAGGCCGCCCGCGCCUGCGCCCCGCGGCGGCUCCGUUCAUUCUAAGGGAGCGCUAAUUCUCACAGGGCGGGCGGGAUGGGGCAAAGGGAUCCCAUUCCCUCACAGCGCGACCCGGCCGCGGCAUGCGGCGCUCCCCGACACUGCCGCCCUUCCGCAGGCGGCGAGGCGCCAGUCCCCCCUGAGCGCUCCCUCCGAGCGGCGCACACCCACCUGCAGCCAACACCCGCAGCUCACCGACCGGUCUGGCCCACCCUCCGCAGCAGCCGCGCCGGCGGAUUGGCUCCUUCCGGCGUCAUUCUCCUGCUCCUUGCGCGCGGAAUGGCUGCGCCGGCCGCCACUACAGGCUGGUCGCCUGCUGAUGCGGAAAUUAAUUGCAGAGGAGCUGUGCAUACCUUGGAAUGAAGUACACUUGCAAAGGACACCAAAAGGAAAGCCUUUCCUGGCCAGUAACUUAGUUGGUAUCAACUCAAAUUACAACUUCAAUGUCUCUCAUCAAGGAGAUUAUGCAGUCCUUGCAGCUGAGCCUGAGCUUCAAGUUGGCAUUGAUGUUAUGAAGACUGAUUUACCAGGUAGUAGCUCAAUUCCAAAUUUCUUUCACAUAAUGAAGCGACAGUUUACUGAAACAGAGUGGGAUGUAAUCAAGUCAAUGAGUAAUGAAUGGAUGCAGCUGGAUAUGUUUUAUCGGCACUGGGCCUUAAAAGAAAGCUUCUUAAAGGCCAUUGGAGUUGGAAUUGGCUUUAACUUGCAGAGAAUUGAAUUUAAUGUGUCUCCAUUGCAACUGGAAAUAGGGAAGGUGUACAAGGAGACAAAAAUGCUUCUGGAUGGAGAAAAAGAAGAGGAGUGGACAUUUGAGGAAACCCGCUUGGAUGACAAUCAUCAUGUUGCAGUGGCACUUGGGAAACAGGAGGGAUUUGUACAGAAGGAUUCUGAUGUCCAUUCCCUGGAGCCUAACCAACCGCAAUUUACAGUAUUGACUUUUGAAGAUUUAGUUGCAUCUGGUAUUCCUGUCGCACCUGAGGAUUCUGCAUAUUGGGACAAUUUCUGUUCAAAGCAGGAGGGUCCAGUGAAACAGAGUUCACAUUCAAGAUAAGACUGUGUAUAAGAAAGAGAAACUUGUCAAAGUUCUUAUGCUGUUACCCUGUUUAAUUUGAAGUAUGGGAAUAAGUGCACAUAUGUAAAUUAAAUGUACCUUUCCCUAUUUAAGCUGACAACCUCAUUUUCAUGGCGCUGCGUUGGAAUUGUAAGGAAGACAUGUUUCCUUACUGAAGGAAUUCUGAAUGAGAAGCCUAAAUCAGCCUUUUUGCAUCUCCUCACCUGUGGUUCUUACAUUUCAGUAGUUAUCCAGGCUAGGAGCAGAAAGCAGUUGUACAAUAAUGUUGUUUAUUAGUGAACAAGUGUUUAGUAUAUAAAAAUGAAUUUAUGGUGAAGCUUAAAUUAUGAUACUGCUUUUUCUCUUACAAAAAUUAUUCAUUUAUUCUCAGAUGGACAAAUUAAAAAAAUUACACAAAUUCUUAUGCUGUACAGCACUUGGUCUUUGUGUAAUGUCAGGCUGAAAAGGUCUGUAGUAGUCUUGGAGCUACAUGUGUGCAAAAAUAGUAUGAGACAGGGAAUUACCUUGCAAAUAUUUCAUAGUCUUUUCACUUCUUAUCUUUGUUAAUUAAAGUUUCCUGUACACAACUCAGUAUUUGUCUUUUAACAGUUCUUUUUUUUUAUUUUUUUCCUCAGCAAUAGAUGCAAGCCAAGCAGCAGUUCAGUUUUCCUAGGUUUGCAUUUGCAUCAGUCAUGAGGGGAGCCGAAAGAAAAAAACAAAGCUAUUUACUUUUUUCCAAAUAGUCUUGUAACAUCUAAUGACACAACAUUUUACUGUCCUAAUAUCAAAUCAAGUUUUCUGGAGAUCUGUAGAUCUCAAGUGCACAUCUAGAAUAUUUUGUCUUCUUUUUCAAAAUUAGUCCUGUUUUGUGCCAUUACUUCUCAAUCUUCUUUCUAGAAAUCAUAGAUGCAAUGUGGUCCAUCUAAAUUUAAGAAAACGCUGAACAGAAUGAUCUUUGCGCAAAGAUAAUUACCUUCUAUCCUACAGUUAAACAUAGAUUUUCAGUGGGGGUUGUGUACAACUAGUUUGCACCCUGUAUUCUGGUGUACACCAUGAAAAGGAGUAUCUGCUUGUAGAGUAACCACUGAAUCUAUGCCUUAUUACAAAGAUGAAGAAAAUUUUGUGAGAGAGGAUGAUUGUUACAACUAUUAUACGAGCAUUUGGAGUUCUGAACUCCACUGAAUAAUUCUGAAUUCAAACAUGCUGCUAAACUCUCCUGCUUCCAUUGCUGAUUAAUUUUUUUUCCAUUUCUGUGAGUCUCUCAUCCUGCAUGCUAAUCAUAGUUUUUCAUGUUUUGCUUUUUGUUCCCCUCCAAAACUGCAAAUCAGUGAAGCAAUGACUCUUCCCUCCAGUCUCCACAGGGGCUAAAUUAAAUGUUCAGUAACUUCAAAUCUGAAGUUUAACAAAAUACAGAAUAUUUUAUAUACAAAUUCCAAGUAAUGUAUUCCAGAUUUUUAGUCUUUUAGAAAUAUGAAAUUCAACUUGCAAUAAAUAAUUUGCAAUCCACAGAGGUUCAGUGUAUGCCAGUCAGUAACUCGACCCAUCAAUUGCAGCUUUGCCAGGCAGUUUGAAGUUGCCAAUUUUUUUGCUAGGACAAUGAAUCAAACUGCAAAUAUGGGAUGAGCUGAGUAGAAGAAUUUCCAAUCUAGAUUUCUGAGGAUAAGAGAAUUAAUGUCAUAUUAGAGAUUAGUUAUUUUUGUAUGAAAGCAGUGUCUCAAACCAGAAAUUUUCUUUCAUUGGAAAGAGUUUUAAAAGUAUUAAUGAAAUUAUUUAUAUUCUUGUGCUUGCAUGUAAGUAGAGGAGAAGCCAAUUUUGUUAAAUUAGAAAAUUCUGCUUGGUUUUCUUGCAAGAAAUAUGAUAGUUUUCAAGACUGUGUCUAAUUAGAAAGAGUUUGUUUUGGUUAGUUUUCUGUGAAGUAAAAUCUUAGUUCAGAGUGGUUCAUAAAGAAUUUUCUAGAAGACUGCAGUUUUUCACAAUGUGAUUUUUUUCUGUGUCUUUUAAUUUACACUGAACUCUUUGAAAAAUAAGGUUAAUCUCUUUUUUAAUUUUAAUAGCAAUAAGGGUAGGUGAUGGUAAUGCCUUUUGGAGAGCCACUUGAGCCAGGUUGUUUCAUGUCAGUGCAAAUGGACACGAUUGUUAUAGUUGCUUUUACCUCAGUGGGAAAGAGCCAGCUGGAUCGUUACGGAAUUUUUGACUAAAAGCAUGCUAAUAAAAGGCCAGCAGGACAUUCUGACUCCUUAGGAAUGUGAAUGAUCCUUCUUGAAGUCAGAAGUAAGUUUUUCUGGAUAUCUGUGCUGUGGAGGCACAUACUGAAAUAAGUUGUUAGUGUGUACAAAUAAAUUAAUUUAAUUUCACAGUAAAAAAGAUACAUUUCUUUUUUAAUUCACCCUCACACUUUUUGCUGAUAAAAAUAUAAUUGAGCCUUUUCUCCACACAAGGCCACAGCACUGACUUACUUGCAUUUCUACAGAAUACAGUCCUAAUGGCCACAGAGUCCCUCUGCCAUCUGAGAACAGCUCCAGCUUCCCUCGCUAGGUCAAGUUGUUGGCCCAGUCCAGAGCAGGUGAGCUGACCUUUGCUGUCUCCCAUCAUUCUUCUGUCCCAUUUACAUCUAAAAGCCUCAGGGCCUUUCAUUUCCUUCUCCAGAGCUCCAUUCCUUCAUCUGUUUUGUUUUCUGCAUAGUGUCUUUAACGUAGCUUUACCACAUGCCUGUGAGGGUAAGGAGCUGUAAAAACACAAGCUCUGCUGCACAUGAGCCUUUCCCAGCAGUGGCUGCAGCUGGGUAGACUUUUUCCCUAUGGAACAGCAUUGACCUGUCCUCCCGUUUCUCAAAUUCUCACUUUUCGGUCUUAGACUAGAUCCUAGGCUGUCCUAGGUGGCAUAUCAACACAGUGUUUCUGAGAAGUAUUGAUGAAGUCUCCAACCAAAAAAUAAAUUCUAAAAGUUUUGGUCUUCAGUGAAAAGAUUGUUGAAAGUGAAUAGAUGUGUUUUAGUUUGGACUUGUUCAAAACUUUUUGUAUCUUACAUCAAAAAUGGUUGAAUGGAUUAGGAACUUGAGGAGGUAAAACUGGGUUCAAGGCAGUUAUUAACUCCGUGACAAGAGACGGGUGCCAUUUGAUGUGAAAAUCUGUAACUUAAAAGUGGACCAUGUGAGUUCACUCAGUCUGUAAACUUACACAAGAUGUAGACUGUUACUAUCUCUUGGGAUCAAGGCCACUGAUGUUAAUCAACUAUGCUCAUCUUAGACAAGAAAUCAGAGAUGUAUCAACAGAAGUAAUGUAUAUAAGGUUGUUGUAUGUGUGCUCUGGGAAACAUCCAGGCCACAGCUCAGCCUUAAACAACUGUCUUUACCCAAGACACUGUAAUAAGAUGAUUUGCAAAAAAGUUGAAAAGAUGGUUAUGCAAGUCAGCAUAGAAUGCCCUUGGUUGGAGCUUUACAAGAUUAUAGUGCUACAUUCCACAAAGAAGAUAAGUGGUUCUCAGCAGAAUUUAUGCAACCAUGUCUAAAACAGCAAUUGAGACUGUCAGCCUUAACUGCUGCCUAAUUCUGCAGGUGAGCUUCAUUAUCCUCCAAAAUUCAGUUAGUUUUGAUUACUUCACUCUUUGUAGAAAAUGUAAGCAUGAAAAUAAAUUCUGAAUUUUCAAGGGAGACAGCAUUUGAAAUAAGGAGGUUUUUUUU